AAGUAUCAGCGCGUUCAGUGAUAACUCUCGGUUAAACGUGUCGACACGCAAACUGUCUCGUGCCAUUUAAUAGUUAUUCAUUGUAGCGUGAUAUCGUGGCAGCGAACUUCGUUUAAGAAAUAACAAUGCCUGGUUACAAAUGGACGAGAUGGCCGGCGCCCUACGCCGAUUCUCGCAUGUUGAUCUCCAUCGGCAGGGAUAUGGACGGCAUGAAUCUCGUCGUAGGGCGUGCCAUGCAUCAGGGUGAUAUGCUACCGGCGAAAGUAAAACCGGAUCAUGGCGUUGCCUAUGUAUCCUACGGAGGUGCCGAGUACACGAAACACGACUUCGAGGUGCUGAUGCCCGCCCAUUUCAAUUGGAUUCGAUCGGGUCACGGUCACGUACCGGAACACGCGGUGGAAGCUGGGAGGACCACCAGCGGAGAGAUGCUGUACGUCGGCCGUACUUUUCACAACGGUAUACCGUGCGUAGGAAAGGUUCAGAGAAGUCACGGGGUCAUGUACAUCCCGUUUGAUGGGAAGGAAAUACCGUGCAGGGAAUACGAAGUCUUGGUACAAUGUUAAAUUUUAUUUACGAUCGCGUUUACAAAUACGACGAGGUACUUUCACUUAAAACUAUUAGGAUCAUUAUUAAAGAAUGAAUUAUCUAUUAAUUGCGAAAAUCCCUUUAUAUAAAGAGAUUCCAAAGUUUUAUAUUGUAUUAAUAGAAGACAGAUGCGGAACAUUCUAUUCAAUUUAAUUUCAUUCUAUUCAAACAUUCUAUUCAAUUAUAUAGAGCGUUUUUCAGCAAGCGACACAGAAAACACAGUGUAUCAUUCCAUCCUUGUUGGUUGUAAACAAGGAUGAAAUGAUUCACUGUGUUACACUGUGUCCUCUGGAUCGUUUGCUGAAAAACGACCAUACAGUUAUUUUUUUUUCUUUUAUUUAUACAUAUGUAUGUGUAAUACGCAUGUAAUAAUAUUUUAUAUCCUUUCGAGACAAGAUAAUAAACAAUCGCGCGAGUGGCGUAUCUUAAAUCGUAUCGUCGCGUCAAUUUAUGGAGGCUAUCGUGAGUUAAAGUUAGAUUA